UUUAUUUGCUGUGUUUUUUCUAGCCUUAAAAGCACAACCACCACAACUAGCACAACCAACCCAAUAACAACUUUUAGUGCUGUGUUGUCCACAACUACCAUUCCAAGCACAAAACAACAAAAAUUUCGUCCUUCACUUAAAAAUUUGUCGGCAAAAAUUGAAUUAUCUAAACAAUUGUUGAAAGGAAUGAAGGAAGAAAACUUUCAAAAAAAGGAAGAAAAAGUAGUGGAUGAGGAGGAGGAUGAAGAAGAAUCGGAAGAAGAUGAAGAGGAGGAGGAGGAAGCGGUUGAAAGGAAGGAGAGUACAACAAAGGGAUGGACGGAUAAAAAAAGUAAAAUGAGUGCCUCGUUGAUUAACAAACAACGUUUUCAGCUACCUCAAAGAGUUGCUCCAUACUUCCGCAAGUCUGAAGAAGAUACUCGAACAAAUAUUGUAAUUCCAGCAGGAAGAACAUUAAAACUUUCAUGCAAAGCAGGAGGGCAACCAGAACCUCAAGUAGUGUGGAGAAAGGGAAAUGAAGAAAUACUCAGAGAAUCGGAAAGCAAAACAGGUUCAUUGUAUCAAUUGCGAAAGUGGAGUUUGGAUGGGGAAUAUACUUGUGAGGUUUUCAAUUCUGCUGGGUCUAUUCUGCGUCGAUUUCAUGUUGAAGUUCAAGAUAGAAUACGUGCUCGACCUAUUCUUGUACCCAAUGUUCUUCAAAAUAGAACAGUUGAUGUUAACGGAACAGUUAAUUUUACAUGCCAGGUCAUUUCUGAUUUGGUUCCUCACGUUAUUUGGAUUAAAUUAAUUAAACAACCAGAAAAUGGCUCUUUUUUAAUUUGGGAUGAAAAGGAACAACGAGAAACUUUAAAUUUUGUUGAUAUGACAGCAUUAAAAAAUAGAGUAAAAAUAUUUCACGACAAAAGAAGUAAUAGAUACACUAUGGAAUUGAGGAAUGUUUCUAUGUUAGAUCAAGGGUUGUAUUCUUGUGUGGUUGGAAAUACUCUUGGAUUGUCAAUGGGCAAUGCAACAUUAACCGUCAAUGAAUUUCGUUCUUUAACAUUACCAACAGAAGUUCCAACACCUUGGCCUUUGUCUUAUACUGUUUUAUUAAUUCUUUCAUUUUUAUUGUUAUGUGCAUUUAUUGCUUUAUGUUUAUUGUAUUUAUUUUUCUCUCAAAAAUUUUCUGCAAAAAAUCGAGUGCAGAACUUGGAUAAAAUGUCUGUACGGAAAAAGGUAGUAAUAACUCGAAAACCUCAACGUGAAGGAGAGCAUUGGUCUGAUCUGGCAUCAACUUAUUCCAUUACUGUAGAACCUGUUCCAGUACUUAGACAACAUGGAGGACGGGGGACUAAAGCUACACCUGCAGGAACGAGCGGGACAGGGGAUACAGUUCCAUUAAUGGAUUCCACACAACAAUUAUUACAAGGGAACAUAUUAGAAUCCUCUCUUUUGUCUGAUUAUGAAGUCCCAACAGAUUCGACUUGGGAAAUUGAAAGAAAUAGAUUACAAUAUGUCGAUAUUUUGGGGGAAGGUGCCUUUGGGGAGGUUUGGCAGGCCUUGUUACAGCCAAAGAAGAUUAAUGAAGAUAAGGAAGAGAAGGAAAAUAAACAAGAAUUGAACAAAGAAAUUAAUCAAACAGAGCCGGUACCUGUUGCUGUUAAAAGAUUAAAGUCGGCAGCUCAAGAGCGUGAAUUAAUUAUUCUGGCAAAAAUGCAAAUACUCAAAACCAUCGGUCACCAUCCAAACAUUCUUCGACUUAUUGGGUGUUGUACAGGUUUAGGCCCUCUACUAGUAAUUCUAGAACUUUGUGAACAUGGAAAUUUGAGGGAUUUUAUGCGAAGACACAGACCUAAAGAACAACAAAAAUUAAAAGAGGAGGAGGAAGAGAAGGAAGAAAAAGUGGAGGAAGAAGUGGUGGAAUUGGAGGAUGAUGGACUUGGGGUUGGGGGAAUGUAUCAGAACGUCUCAAUAGUAGACACUACAGGGGGUGACCACCAAUCAACACAUUUACAACAACCAGAAAAGCAACUAACAUUAAAAGAUUUAGUUCAGUUUGCAACUGAAAUAGCUAGAGGGAUGGAAUUUUUAGCGAGUAAAAAAAUAAUCCAUAGAGAUUUGGCUGCCAGAAAUGUUUUGGUUGCUAGUGAUUUGACAAUGAAAAUAUCAGAUUUUGGAUUGUCUAGAAAUGUGUUUUAUCACGAUUAUUAUAGAAAGAGGGGGGCUGGUAGAUUGCCGAUAAAAUGGAUGGCACCUGAAGCUCUCGAAGCCAAUGUUUACACAGUAAAUAGCGAUGUUUGGUCUUAUGGUAUUUUACUUUGGGAGAUUAUGACUCUUGGAGGAACUCCAUACCCUUCUAUUGCAAUGCCCCAACUUUACAAUCUUUUAAAAGAGGGAUAUAGAAUGGAAGCACCUCAUAAUUGCCCUGAUGAGAUUUAUGGUGUAAUGGUCAGUUGUUGGCAAGAAAGGCCUGAAGCCCGUCCAGCAUUCCAAACUAUUGGAGAUUAUUUUGAAUGGAUAAUAAAAGAGUCUGAAAAGACUGCUGAUAUUUCGAGAAGUGAAACAGAAAAUGGAGGGGAAACAACAGAUGAGGGGCCCUAUGCAGUAAUUCCUGAAGGCAGUCAGGAAGACAGAAAAGGGCCUGGUGGGGGAGGGAAUAAUGGAAAUGGAUUUACUGGAAUGAGGAUUGGAAAUGGGAAAGAGAAAAGUAUGUCUAGGCCAAUGUCUGCUCCAGGGCUUACGAGUUUUGAGUCAUUUUCCCAAGAGGGCAUAAUAGCCUCUACAACAACGGUCCUAACAUGUUGUGAAUCUUCUGAUAAUGAAAGUACAAACAACACAAACAGUAGCAGUACAUUAAAUGCUACUCGAAGGGAUGUUAUCCAAAUAAAUACAGACAACAAAUCAGAAAGAAGAAGGUCUUUAUUGGAACAAUUAAAAAAAGUUGUUUGGACAGGAAGUAAUGCUAGUAAUAAUGAAAAUAAGUUAAUUGAAGUAGAAGAUGAAAAGGAAAUACAAGAACAAAUUAAAAGGAGAAGAGGACAGUUACAACAACAGGAGGGUAUUGAAAUUAGUGAUGAAGCUAUUUAUAAUAAUUUCCAACCAGUCUCAAAUUUCUACGCAAACACGCCAACUCAGAGCUUGAUGUUUCAGCCUUGUUCAUCUACAGCAACAUUAGAUAUAGUACAACCAAUUAAUGAACAAUCAAAACAAAAUCCUUUACUUCAACAACCUCCACCCCCUCCACCGCCUUCACAUACAUUACCUCCGACAUCCAAUCGACCAAAAAAGAAGUCGAGUGCUUCGGAACAUGGAUUAAGAAUACGUGGGGUUUUCCAUGGAAGUCAACAAUCCUCUACUCAAUGCCUAAUAAGAGGUUCAUCUUCUUCAACUUCUUUCGGUCAAUCCCCUCCAUUAGACAACAAAAUUCCAAAAAAAGUUUUGGUAGACUGGAGAUCUUGUUCAAUAGAUUCUUCGAGUUCUGGACGAGGAGGGUCUUCUGCAAUGUCUAGUGCCGAUGCUCUUUUAAAUGGAAAUGAGGAAGAAGAAGAAGGAGAAGAGAAGGGAGGAGAUGGAAAAAGGGAAGAAUUAUUAAUUGGAAAUAAAACAUUGGAAUAUGUUAGUAUUAUACCUAUUGGACAAUUCCCUGCAUAA